ACAACAACAAUUGCCGGGUUUCGUUUUUUUUACUUAUAUUGUUUAUUUUUAGCUUUUAGCAUAUUAUUUAAGCGUGUACAAGAAUUUAUUUUUUAUGUUUUGUGUAGAACGUGGCAUUUAAAAAGGAAUUUCGAUUAAGAAGAACAUUUUUUAGUGUUUUUUUAAUAUAUAUAUAUAUGUCAAAAGUAAAAACUGUGCGUUUGAAAUUUAACAAAAUUUUGUAGUUAUUUGACCCAUGAAUAAGCGAAAUUUACUAUAAAAAGAACAACUCAAAAUGAAUUUGUUGUUCGUAUUUUUCCUUUGCUUUGCUGUGCGUGUGGCCUCUGUGUUCAUUGUUAAAACCUUUUAUGUUCCCGAUGAGUACUGGCAAAGCCUUGAAGUGGCCCAUAAAAUAACCUUCGGUUAUGGAUACUUAACCUGGGAAUGGGUCUAUGGAAUACGCAGUUAUGUUUAUCCAAUGCUAAUAGCCGGUGUUUAUAAACUGUUAGCACUGCUCAGAUUAGAUACAGCGCAGUGGCUGGUGAUUGUGCCCCGUAUUUUACAAGCCACCUUAUCGGCAUACUCGGAUUACCGAUUUUUCAUUUGGACAGGAAAGAAAAAAUGGGGCCUGUUUCUCACAAUAGCGUCAUGGUUUUGGUUUUACAUGGGUUCAAGGACUUUAAGCAACACAUUGGAAUCGUCGCUUACUACUAUUGCCUUAAGUUUCUUUCCAUGGUAUGGCGAAGGAAUCGCAUAUUUAUGGCCUGCCAUACUUUGUUGUUUCCUGAGACCAACCGCUGCAAUUAUUUGGCUGCCUUUGGUAUUUUAUCAUUUACGCAAAUCCAAAAUCUCUUGGACUAAUUUGAUUUUCAAGCGCUACUUAGUAAUCAGCUUGACGGUUGCGGCUGUGGUAAUUGGAAUUGACUCCUAUAUGCAUGGAAGAUUUUUGGUUACGCCAUAUGAAUUUUUGAAAUACAACAUCUUUCAGAACAUUGGGAACUUUUAUGGAUCACACCCAUGGUAUUGGUACUUCACUGUUGGCUUACCGACGGUAUUGGGAAUUAAUUUUCUUCCAUUUCUGUUUGGCACAAUCGAAACUAUUAGAAAACACGAGUCAUAUCCCGUUCGAAAAUAUCUACUUGUUACGAUAGUUCUGGCCUUGGCCGUGCUAAGCGCAGUUGAGCACAAGGAGUUCCGAUUUGUGACGGUACUAAUGCCUCUAUGUUUUUAUAUAGCAACAGACACAUUAACCAGAUGGAGUUAUAAAGCCUCAAGCCUGGUUCUAUGGAUUGUCGCAAUUCUCAUUGUGGUUGGCAAUGCCAUUCCAGCAUGGUAUUUAAGUACAGUCCACCAGAGAGGACCAAUCGAUGUGAUGGCAAAACUUGGUGAUAUUGCUGUCGAGUACCGCAGUUCGGAGAAUCGUCCUGUCAAUAUACUAUUCUUAAUGCCAUGCCAUUCAACCCCAUAUUAUAGUCAUAUUCACCAGAACGUCUCAAUGCGGUUUUUAACGUGUGAGCCAAAUCUAAAACAAUUGCCCGACUACAAGGACGAAGCUGAUCUGUUCUUCGAGUCUCCGAUUCAUUGGUUACGAUCUCAUAUUCCUUCGUAUCCUCGUUCUGCUAAACCAUCACACGUGGUGUUGUAUGAGCCUCUAGCCAAGACAAUUAAUGAUUUCUUGGUAGACUAUAAGCAAGUGUGCACGAUUGAAAAUGCCGAGGUAAACAACAAUGUUGACCCCAAUAUUAUCCUGAACGAUUGGUCCGCACUAAUGAAGGAGAAUGAGUUAAAUGUUGAUUCUCUUUUACAGUAUAUAAAUUCAAGAACAGGAAAGCACAUUCUAGUAUACCAACGUUUGCGUGACGGAGAAGAUAACAAAUUUAAUCGCGACGAAUUCAAAAGGGAUGCAACUGCGGCAAGAUUAGUUGAAUUCGAUGAUGAUCACCUUUCCUACUAUCAAGAUGAUGAAUUUGAAACGGACAGAAAUCUCUUCAAUUAGUUGAAGGUCAUCUUCAAUAGACUUCGGCUUUGAAGUUCUUAUUCAAGAAAUACUUACCUUUUACCGGUACAAAAAUUAUUAUUAAAACACUAUUAGCUAAUGUGAGUAGGUAUAUAUAUGUUUAUGCUUUAACGUAAAGCAGGAAAAGAAAUUUUGAAAUUUUA